AUGCUCGCAAAGGCUGCCUGUCUUGUGGCCGCGCUGGUCAGCAACGCCCUCUGCUUCAAACCCCCACCCUCCUCCAAGACUGUCGACCCCAAGAAGGAACAAAAAGUCGUCUGCGAAAUCAGACUCCUCACGGAGUAUGCCAACAAGUUCCCGACCGUUUUGAUCUCCAUUGCUACCCUCGAGACCGCCCUCUACCUGGUUCUCAUGACUAUCAACAGUACUAGUGGCGGUAGUGGUGCAGCGAGUAGGAUUUUGAAGGGAUCGAGCUCGCUUCCGUUGCACGAUCAGGUCAUCUUUCAGGAAAUGGGAGUUCUGAAAACUUGGCAGAAGGUUACAACUGUGUUGUUUCAAUCCGGGCCUUACACUUACCUCCGCCACCCAUCCUAUACCGGCGCGAUCCUCAACGGCAUCUGUUUCAGAUUCCUCCUCUUCCACCAGGGCAUCUGGAACGUCUUCACUCUCCUCGCCUCCCGCGCCGCUUCUGCAGUCCUACAAACCAAGGUCGCAGUUCCCACAUCUGUGCUGGGUUUACAGACUGAGUACUGGAUGAUGCUGUUGUAUGGGUUGAUGAUGGUUGGUGGCACUGCGUACCGCGUGAGGAAUGAGGAGGCGAUGUUGAAGAGCCAUUUUGGACGGGAGUGGGAUGUUUAUGCGAGCAAGCGCUGGCGCUUUAUUCCUUUUGUUUACUAA